AUGACGGACGAAGAUCAGUUGAAAGAGCUCCUGGCACAACCAAACCCACGUCGCGACGACGUGCUCGAUCUACUUCAAACCAAGUUUCUCGCGAUCCCCGAACGGGACUCCUUCGUGUACCGCGGAAUCAUUUGGCAAGUUCUUUUGCAUGUGUAUGACCCUCAGCGACAGAGUUCGAGUGCUGACGAGCUAGAGAAUUUGUCUGGGCGUUUGGCGUCGAUGCCGCGUGACCCGCUCAUGCGUAAGGAAAUCACUGAAGGGUGCAUUUCCCUCCAGUACGUUGCGGGGGAUUUGGUACAAUCGGGCAUGGAAACGGUACUGUUGUGGCUGCUCAAGGCCAAGUCCGUGCCGUACACGAGUGGAAUGGCGCAAGCCCUCGCGCCGUUCUUUCUCCUACAACUGCCUCUCCACACGAUCUACGACUGCUUUUAUCGGUACUGUGCGCUGUAUUUGCCCCACCUCGUCAGCGGGACGUUCUCACUCUUCGACGUGGACCUUCCCUUCGAGUAG